AUGAGAUCUAAUAAGUUGGCAACUAUUGAUGAAACUAAAUGUUUAUCGCCAUCUCAAUCACCUGAAAAUUCAUUUUUACAACCAAGUCCAACUAAACUAACUAUUACAAAAACAUACUCGAAUAAAGGAAAAUUUAUGUUAACUGUUAAUGGUUAUAAUUUACAAUUUUUAAAUUUUAAUCGAAAGAAAACUAUACAAUUUUGGCGAUGUACAAACCGAAGUUGUAAUGUAAUUUUGCAUACAAAUUUUGAUGAUGCAUUUAUAAGAUUUUCUGGAACAAUUACUGUUCAUAACGUUUUUCACAAAAAAUGCAGUCUAUUUCGGAAUGUUAGUUAUCUUCAAGGUUGGUGGCCAACAUCAUUUUCAUAUGAUAAUAUUGUUGUAGUUGAUUAUAUUAAAGCGAGACUUAAACAAAUGAAUUAUCAAUGGGAAAAACAAAUUGAUGCGGAAUCAAUAAUUGAUAUUAACAUUCCAAAGCAAUAA